UCUGCCAUGGGUCUCGCUUGGUUCUAUUUAUAGGCCUGCGGAAACGCAGCCACCUCUGGGGCCCAACCCGUAGCUCAACAAUGUCCAUUGAGACAGGAACUGGAGAAGCGCAGGGGGCCUGCGGGAGUGGAAUGGAAAGAGCCAAACUGGAAUUUGGCUGCACAAGCAGGUUUACACCCUGGCGGGAGAGAAGGCUGCUAAUAAACCCAAGUUAAGAAGAGAAGGGAGGGGCCUUGGAGGCUUGGCUCUUGCUGUGUAAACACUGUUCGGGUGUAAACGCUCUGAGCGCUCCGGAUCAGUGUUGUCAACAAAUCCAGCUGCGUAGUGGACUGGGAGUCAGGCCCCUGGGCUUCAGUUCCCAGCCCUGGAGCAGGAGGGGGAGUAGCUGUCUAAGCAGGCGACUGGCGUUUACUUCUGCUGGGGGGGUACCACUGUUAUAGUGUGCGCCUGGCAGCACAGCACCUUGUCACAUGGGGGGGAAUACCCCCAGGAUCGGCCCAGACUUGCCUUCAGGGCACAUUUUAUGUGUCACACAUGCCCCAAGUGUCUCACUGGCAGCACCGUGACUGUCCCAGAAACACUGCUCUUUGUGUCCACCCUGGACGGGAGCCUUCACGCUGUGAGUAAGAAGACGGGUGACAUCAAGUGGACGCUGAAGGAUGAUCCCAUUCUUCAGGUGCCUGUUUACGUGGCAGAGCCGGCGUUUCUCCCAGACCCCAAUGAUGGCAGCCUGUACGUCCUGGGAGGCAAAAACAAAGAAGGCCUGAUGAAACUCCCGUUCACCAUCCCAGAGCUGGUCCAGUCCUCGCCGUGCCGCAGCUCCGAUGGGGUCCUCUACACGGGGAAGAAGCAGGACACAUGGUUUGUCGUGGACCCCAAGUCAGGAGAGAAGCAGACGACGCUGUCGACAGAGGCCUGGGAUGGUCUGUGCCCCUCGACGCCUCUCCUCUACAUCGGCCGCACCCAAUACGUCAUCACCAUGUACGACACCAAGUCCCGGGAGCUGCGCUGGAACGCCACCUACCACGACUACUCGGCCGAGCUCUACGAUGAGGCGCACGACUACAAGAUGGCUCACUAUGCCUCCAGUGGGGAUGGGCUGGUGGUGACCGUGGACAAGGAGAGCGGGGACGUCCUGUGGAUGCAGAACUGCUGCUCCCCUGUGGUGGGGCUGUACACGUGGAACCAAGACAGUCUGCGCCGGGUCCCCCUGCCCUUCCACUCGCAGGACAUCCGCCUCAUCAAGUGGAACUACCAGGCCGUGAAGGACUUCUCUGGGACCAAGACCCAGCUGCUGCCGACGCUGUACGUGGGGAAGCACGCAGCCGGCUUCUACGCCCUGACCUCCUUGGUCCACGAGAGCGUGGCACUGGUGCCCCAGGGCAUCACGCUGGCCAGGAUCGACGGCCCCACCACGGACGACGUGACGGUGAGAGAGUCUGGCGAGUGCGAGAUCACACCCAGCACCGACGUCAAGUACCCACAGGGCAGCUCCAGCCCCCUGCACAACGAGUGGCUUCUCAUAGGCCACCACGAGCUGCCUCCCGUGGUCCACACCACCAUGCUGCGAGCCUUUCCGGAGACCCUGAGGAAGACUACGGAAGCCAUCAUCCCCACCAGCGCCCCGGGCAGGACUCUGUUCGAUGACUUCCUGACUCCGAACGGCGUGGAGGAUCCAGCCCGCCAUGGGCGGCACCGUGGGGACCCGCCCCCGGCCGAGCAGACGGAAAUCUACCCCGCGUCAGCCCCCCCCGGCGCGGAGGAGGCGGGCGGGGGAAGCCAGCGAACGUCUCUGCAGCUGUCCCCGAGCUCAGGCCCGUCCUCGCUGAAGGGCCUCCCCAACGGGCUGGCGGACCAGGGCCGGGCUGCGUCCGGAGCGGCAGAAGAUGCAGAGCCAGAUGUGACCGUCGUUGGGACGGUUUCCUUUAACCCCAAGGAAGUGCUGGGCCAUGGAGCCAGGGGGACCUUUGUCUUCAGGCGGGGUGACGGCGGCGCUCUCCUCCGGGCUGUGAACCGCCUGCUGCCCGAGUGCUUUCACCUCCUCGACCGGGAGGUCCAGCUGCUGCGGGAGUCGGACGAGCACCCCAAUGUCGUGCGCUACUUCUGUACGGAGAAGGACAGGCAGUUCCACUACAUCGCCAUUGAGCUCUGCUCUGCCACGCUGCAGGAGGUGAGCCAGGCAGCUGCAGCGCGCCCGCAGG